AUCCUGACAUCCAUUGAAAACAACCUUGCCAGCUGUGUCCCACAGUCCUUCUCUCCUGGGUCCAUUCUUCAAGGGGAGAAUAAAUUGGAUGUUGUCCCAAGCUCUUGGAAGUCCUGGAAGAGGUGGAGUUUUCCUUUGUCACUGAAGGAGGAAUUUGAAAUUCCAGGGCAUCUCACGGAGAAACAGGAAAGCAAGGAUGGAAAUAUUUCACAAUCACCAGGAAGAUGUGCCCAAUAUUGCCAUCCUGGGAGCUGGGGGAGGUCUGCGGGCCAUGAUCGCCCUUCAUGGAACCCUGCAGGAGCUACAAAAGCAUGGUCUCCUGGACACCAUCAUGUAUCUGUGUGGGGUCUCAGGUGCAACAUGGUGUAUGUCAUCUCUCUACAACAAUGGGGACUGGGCAGAGAAAUUGCAGGCCUUGGAGAAACACAUGUGUGAUGCACUUACCAAAUCCACCUGGAACCUCAGAAAGGCAACGGAAAUGCUACUCGAGGCAGCUAAGGAUGAAAACUAUUCCCUGACUGAGUUCUGGGCCUAUACCGUGGUCUAUGGAAUGUUACAUGAGCUGGACAAGGGGCACUUGUCGGAGCAGAGGGGUGCGUCUGAGAAUGGAAAUAAUCCUUACCCCAUCUAUGCAGCUGUGGAUGAGCGAAGUUUCUGCAAAGUAACUGAAUACUCUCCAGAAACCUGGUUCGAGUUCACCCCCCACGAAGCCAGCUUUCUUGGCUAUGGAGCAAGUGUACCCAUGGAAUACUUUGGAAGUGAAUACAAGAAUGGGGUGAUAAAGAAGCAGAAAGAAGAGAAAAACAUGAGUUACCUACAAGGUUUGUGGGGAAGUUGCAUUGGCAGCAAAGAAGAAAAUGAAAAAGUCAUAAAAGAUAUGUUCUUUGGUAUCUUUAAGAGAAACAGGGGAUCGCAUUCACCAUUCUCGGUGGCUAACGAAAGUGGUUGGGAAGGAACAUUGGAGGGGUUUCCAGCACCCACCCUUGAACCUGAAGCCAGUACUAUGGACAGUUCAAUUACUGGAGAAAUUGUGAGCAGCGUAGGCUUGGCAGUGGAUUUAGCUAGGAUGUUGUCUAAAACCACUUACGAUCUCUUGCACUGGAAAUGGGGAACCAUUAGUAACUUUCUUUACAAAUGCUCUGGUAUUGACACCCCUGAGCUGGUGAACGAGAAAGUCAUCUCCUUGGUUGAUGCUGGCAUAGCCAUAAACUGUGCUUACCCCCUGGUUCUCCGCCCGGACAGGAAAGUGAAACUGAUCCUCUCCUUUGACUAUGGGCCUUUCGAUCCGUUUCAGACACUCAAGCAAGCUGCCAAAUACUGUGAAGAAAACUGCAUCCCGUUUCCUAAGCUGGAUGAGAAAUUGCUCCAAGACCCAGAUAACCCAUCCGACUGCUACAUCUUCAGAGGAGAGGGUGCUCCUACCGUCAUGCAUUUCCCACUUUUCAACAAAGUGAAUUGCCCAGCUUUUCCCUGCAGGAAAGCAGAUGCCAGGACUGUUGUGAAACUUCUGCUUAAAGAUUUUGUACCACGAUUUGGCAUCCCUGUGAGUAUCAACAGUGACCGUGGAACUCAUUUUACUGGACAGAUUGUAAAAGAGUUAUGUGCAGCUUUGCAGACUCAACACAACCUUCACUGUCCCCACCAUCCGCAGUCUGCUGGAACAGUGGAACGCCAGAAUGGAAUUCUGAAAAAUAAACUGGCCAAGAUUUGUGCUGAAACAAACUUGAAGUGGCCAGAUGCCCUUCCUCUGGCACUAAUGAGUAUGAGGGCCACUCCCAAUCGAAAGACUGGACUCAGCCCUCAUGAGAUUCUGACAGGGCGCCCGAUGAGACUACCAACUGCGCCCCCACUGACCCUAGCUCAGAUGGACAUUCAUUUAAUGGAUGACACAAUGCUUAAGUAUUGUCAGGCACUAAUGAAAUGUGUUAAGUCUUUCUAUACACAGGUGAAAGAAGCACUACCCAAGGAUCCUGUGCAACCCUGCCACUCGCUGGAACCAGGAGACUGGGUCUACAUAAAGGUCCAUCAGCGAAAGACUGCCCUGGCUCCAUGCUGGAAAGGCCCUUUCCAAGUCCUGCUAACUACCAACACUGCUGUGAAGUGCCAAGGACUGCCCACCUGGACCCAUGCUUCACACUGCAAAAAGACCCCUCCGCCUGGAGAGGAUUCUCCAGCUGCUGAUCAGCCUAUUUCUCCUGCUAACUCUGCUGUGCCUCCUGGACAGCAGGGAAGAAGGACAAGGUGAAGUGCUAGUA